AUGGCCACGAUAGUGCGUAGCGUAGGAGUGUUACGAUUCAGUAGGAGGAUUGUUUCAGAGUGUACAAGUAAACGAAGAGAUCAUCAUAGUCGAGAUGGAAAAUUCAGCCAACUUAAGGAAGGUCCAUCGUUGACAGAUUUUAUCCGUGGAACAACGUUAAACGAUGUUUAUGUAGCCUCACGGCAAGAGCAUGUUCCAUAUGUACAAUCGAAGACGCUGCGAGGACAGAAGCGUAAAGUCUUUCUGGAAGUAUACGGUUGUCAGAUGAACACUAACGAUACGGAAAUCGUUUGGUCUAUUUUGAAGUCCCAUGACUAUCAACGAACGACCACUUUAAAGGACGCCGAUGUCGUUUUAAUGAUGACGUGUGCCAUCCGGGACGGUGCGGAAGAUACAGUAUGGAAUCGGUUGAAACAUCUUAGGCAGCUGAAAGGUAAACGGGAAGCAGGUGGAGAGAAAUUGCUACAGAUUGGCGUCCUGGGAUGUAUGGCGGAACGACUUAAGAAACAGCUGGUGGAGAAGGAGCAAUCAGUUGAUGUCGUAGCGGGGCCAGAUGCAUACAAGGAUCUGCCUCGAUUAUUAGCAAUUGGACAGAACGGUCAAAAAGCUAUCAAUGUCCUCCUGUCUUUAGACGAAACAUACGCCGAUGUUGUUCCGGUAAAACUGGAUCGUAAAAGUAAAACAGCCUAUGUUUCAAUCAUGCGAGGGUGUGACAAUAUGUGUUCAUAUUGCAUCGUGCCCUUCACCCGUGGCAAAGAACGCUCUAGACCAAUCAUUUCGAUUCGCGAUGAAAUAAUUAAUCUGGAAAGUAAAGGCUUCCGAGAAAUUACUCUGUUGGGUCAAAAUGUGAACAGCUACCAAGAUAAAAGCGUUGAAUCUGCAAAAAGUGAAACUAAAGAGGCCACUGUUUUAGCGCCAGGAUUUCGCACGGUGUACAAAACAAAAAUUGGAGGCGUUCGUUUUGCGGAACUACUAUCAGAAAUCGCAGAAAUUGUUCCGGAAAUGAGAAUUCGCUUUACUUCACCUCAUCCCAAAGAUUUUCCUACCGAUGUCUUGGAAACGAUAGCAAAGUAUUCAAAUAUAUGUAGUAAUUUACACCUUCCGGCCCAGUCUGGGAGUUCAGCGGUUUUGGAUCGCAUGAGACGAGGGUACUCACGCGAAGCUUAUAUCAACCUCGUCACCGAAGUUCGGAAGGUGAUCCCCGACGUUACCCUUUCAAGUGAUUUUAUUUGCGGGUUUUGCGGCGAGACUCAAGACGAGUUUGCAGAUACUAUUUCACUGAUCAAAGAGGUUGGAUACCAUGCGGCGUAUUUGUUUGCUUAUAGUAUGCGCGAGAAAACAACCGCUCACCGGCGAUAUAGAGAUGAUAUUCCUGAAGAUGUAAAAAAAGAUCGCUUAAGACAAAUGAUCGUUGCUUAUCGAACCGAAGCAGAGCGUUUAAAUCGUGCGUUUGUUGGCCGUACGGAAUUAAUCCUUGUUGAAAACUUCAGCAAACGGUCCAGAAUGGAUCUUGCCGGUCGCAACGAUGGAAAUGUUAGAGUUAUUAUACCUGCAGGCCCAAUACGAUCCAGUUGUGAGGCAUUGAAUAAUGACUUGCAGCCUAUUGGAAUUGGCGACUACGUUGCAGUACGAAUUACAUCUUCUAAUUCACAGAUUCUCAAGGGAGAAGCACUGUAUCACUCUUCCAUAACUCAGUUUUAUGACUCAAAAAUAAAUGGUUCCAUUAGUCGUGUGGCUGCAAGUUAGGAACAAAAAGAUUAGAUUUGAUCAAACAAUUGUGUUAGAUGAUCUAUAAUAAGUAAUUAAAAUUCAUACUCAAAUAUUUUGGGAACAAGAAAUAUUGGUUCGUUUUUUUA